GAGCUCCAGGAGGGGAAAAAAAGACAAAACUACAACACAACCAAGUACUGAUCCUGGAAGACAUCUGAACAUCCUUAUGGAGUGAGUAUCCAGUGUGCACCUAAGAUUGCUUGGCCUGUACCUGGCCUUGGGAAAGAAAUGACUGCUCUUGAAUCAGCAUUUGGUGAAGAAGCUAUGGCUGAGAUUAAUCAUUCCUUGGAUAGAGAAAACUUGGCAGCAACAGAAUGCUCAGAAUUCCAGUUUAAUGCCAACUGUUUAACAGGAGAAGGUCAAUUAUGCAUCUUGGAGCCUCAUAUUACUGAAAUUAUUGAUAAUGAAGGUUUGGCAAAUGAUCAGCUGACAACUGCUGAGAAAGUAGCAUUGGAGAAUUCAGCAAAGACAGAAGCAGUUUGGGAGUAUCCGUGGCAGUCCGACAAAGUUGUGACCAAUCUUUCAGUACCCCACCAUGAUAAGAAUACCUCUGUAAAAGAUGAGGAAGCAAAUAGCCAAAGCUCAAAACCAAUUAAUUACCACCACAACCAAACCAAGAAUCUGUACUUUUGUGAUAGGCCUAAAAAGGACUUCCAGCAACCAUCUCUAUUUGCACAACAUAAAAAUGUGUUCUGUGCAAGUAAAAUGCCUGUGCAGAGUGAGCAAUUGGAAAUAUGCAAUUCACUGGUGCCAGACCUGAAUAGCCAGACUAAAAAUUGUUUAAUAAUAGGUGACCAAUGUGGAGAAAAUAACCAAAGUCUAUCUCACCUUUCCCAAUAUUAUAAAAAUGUGCUUCCAAAUGAAAACUCAGCUUGGCAGCAUCAAAGCUUUCAAUCAGAAGCAGGUAGUCUGAUAUCAGAAGUAUGCUAUAGAAGCACAUUAGUACCAGUUCCUCUUAAGGCAGAGAAUAUAAUAGAAUAUGUUGAUGAAGCAGUUGGUCCAAAUGCCAUACAAGUAACAGACCAGAGAACUGAGACCAAAAAUCUGCAUAUCUGUGACCAGUGUGGAAAGGAAUACCAGUGGCUUUCUGAGCUUAUCCGACAUCAGCUACUAUAUUUUGGAGGAGAAGCAGAUAGACAAAGCCAGCUUAAUUUGGAAGAUAGAAAUCCAAGUCAUUUGGCAUUUGUCCCUAUUCCCUUCCAGGAAAACGGAAUGUGUGCAACCUCUUGGGAAACUUUCCAACAAAAGUCAAGAGAUCAUAACACUCCUGCAAAGAUGCAGUAUUUCAGCCAUCAGAAUGGAAAGGAUUUCUGCAAGUCCUCUGUACUCAAGUGGCAUACACUUCCUAGGGAGAAAUUGACUAGACAAUCAAAAAUAAAUAAAUCUAGUACCUUGUCAUUUGUCCCCCAUGUGAGAGGAAACAUGUUUGCAGACUCUUGUGAAACCUCUAACCUAAACUCAGUGCGUACAAGUCCUUACACAGGGAAACAACACAAUGACCAAUGUGGAAGAUGCAGUCAUAGUCUUUGUGCUCAGCAGCAUCUUGAUAAUUUGGAAUUGAAAGCAGAUAGAGAUGAACUGUUCCACUUGGGAGCAUACAGUCCAAAAAGCUCAGUGCCCACUUCUCUGCAAACAGACAAAACAUUCAGUGAAAACUCAAAAAUCCUUACAGAACAAAAGAACUGUGCUAAGAAUCUGUACACUUGUAACUGUGAUAGGAACAAUUGCCAGUGUCAUUGUUUGUUAGCCAAGCAUCAUCUACAUGUUGCCUUGGGAGGGCAAACAGAUACACAGGACCAAUUUAAAAUACAAGCAGGCAGUUUAAGUCAAUUUCAAAUGGAAAGUAAAGUUACAGAAUCGUCUGAAACAGUUAAACCUCAGUCAAAUCUCACAACAAACCAAGGUUCCGAUAUCAAAAGUCCAAGAAUAUGUACGGAAUGUGGGAAGGACUUCCGAUGGUCCUCUGCCCUGGCUCGACAUCAUGUUGUGCAUUCUGGAAAAGCUAGUAAGAAACAAUGCCCAUCAAAGGUAGAUUAUCAAAAAGAUUUAUCAUCUGGUCCCAUGGAUUUUGACCAACCUUCCCAUCUGAAGACAAACCAGUUGACUGAGAAAAAUAAACCCUACACAUGUGGUUACUGUGGAAAAAGCUUCAAGUGGCCUUCUGACCUUGCUCGACAUAAACGGGUUCAUUCUAGAAAAAAAUUAAUGAGAAGCAAGGGCAUCAAGCCCAACAAAUCCUAUAACUCUGACCAGGGUGGAAAACAUUUCUAUUGUCCUUCCCACCUUGCCCAACAUAAACACACACAUUCUAGAAGUAAAUUAAUGAGAGGCACCAAGUUCAAGUCCUACAUUUGUGGUCACUGUGGAAAGAGUUACCACUGGCCUUCUAAACUUGCCCGACAUGAACAGACUCACUUUAGAACAAAACUAAUGAAAGACAAGUGUACCAAGAUGAAGAAAUCAUAUAUUUGUGGUCAGUGUGGAAAAAAUUUCCAGUGGCCUGACCUUACCCAACAUAAAUGCAUGCAUGCUAGAAAAAAAUUACUGAGAGGCAAGUGUAACAAACCCCAGAAACACUACACACGUAGCCAAUGUGGAAAGAGCUUCCAGUGGCCUUCUCAACUUGCCAAACGUGAACACACUCAUUCAAGAAGCAAAUUAGUGAGAGGCAGGUGUACCAAGCUUAACAAAUCCUGUAUCUGUGAUCAGUGUGGAAAAGGCUUUAUGUAUCCUUCUGACCUUGCCCGACAUGAAAUCACUCAUUCUAGAAAAAAAUUACUGAGAGGCAAGUGCACCAAACUCAAUCAAUACUACACACGUAGCCAAUGUAAAAAGAGCUUCCAGUGGCCUUCUGAAUCUGCCCAACAUGAUCACACUCAUUCAAGAAAUAAAUUUGUGAGAGGCAGGUGUACCAAGCUCAACAAAUCCUGUAUCUGUGAUCAGUGUGGAAAAGGCUUUAUGUAUCCUUCUGACCUUGCCCGACAUGAACCCACUCAUUCUAGAAAAAAAUUACUGAGAGGCAAAUGCACCAAACUCAAGAAAUAUUACACAUGUAAUCAAUGUAGAAAGAGUUUCCAGAAGGCUUCUCAACUUGCCGAACAUGAACACACUCAUUCAAGAAGUAAAUUAGUGAGAGGCCGGUGUACCAAGCUUAACAAAUCCUGUAUCUGUGAUCAGUGUGGAAAAGGAUUCGUGUACCCUUCUGACCUUGCCCGACAUGAACACAGUCAUUCCAGAAUUAAAGUAGUGAGAGGCCGGUGUACCAAGCUAAAAAAAUCCUGUAUCUGUGAUCAGUGUGGAAAAGGAUUCAUGUACCCUUCUGACCUUGCCCGACAUGAAAAGACACAUUCUAGAAAAAAAUUACUGAGAGGCAAGUGCACCAAACUCAAUCAAUACUACACACGUAGCCAAUGUAAAAAGAGCUUCCAGUGGCCUUCUGAAUCUGCCCAACACGAACACACUCAUUCAAGAAAUAAACUUGUGACAGGCAGGUGUACCGAGCUGAACAAAUCCUGUAUCUGUGAUCAGUGUGGAAAAGGCUUUAUGUAUCCUUCUGGCCUUGCCCGACAUGAACACAGUCAUUCCAGAAUUAAAGUAGCAAGAGGCCAGUGCACCAAGCUAAAAAAAUCCUGUAUCUGAUCAGUGUGGAAAAGGCUUCAUGUAUCAUUCUGACCUU